AUCUCCAAUAAGGUGGUACCACAAAUUGCUCCACGUUAUCACCAAUCCCACCCUCCAUCCUCUCCCUCGGUCUUCGUGUCAACACUUCCAAAAGUCUUCCCCUUCACCAAAUCCCUUCUCCUUCUUCUUCUAACUACUCCCUCUUAUGCUCCAACUUCCGUUUUCAGUGUCAUGAAAUUCAAUUAAAUGUGCUGCCAGAGGGAGAUGCACUCAAAGAGAACACAAGAUUAAUCAAUUGGGUAUCUAAAUAAUGGCUUUUCACGACCAUAUGGCGCACGAAAUCACGUUUCAGCCCUUCACCGAGGACCAGCAGAUGGGUCAGGGCAGAGACAUGCAGCGGCUGCUGCCGCUCUCCGCCGGAGCACCGACAUGGCUCAACGGCAACAACGCGGCCACGCUUCGGCAGCAGAAUUUCCUCCACCUGCAACCGGAGUCGGCAACGGCGCAGCCUAACGACGACGUUCGUGGGGGCAUAGAUCGGAACCGGACGGAGAGCAACUCGGAACCGGACGAUUUGGCGGAAUACAAAGCGGACAUUCUGGGACACCCGCUUUACGAUCAACUCCUAUCGGCUCACGUCUCGUGUCUGAGGAUCGCCACGCCCGUUGACCAGCUUCCACGGAUCGACGCGCAGCUUCAGCAGUCGCAGCGCGUCGUUGACAAGUACUCUGGCCUUGGAAACGGCGUCGUCGAUGACAAAGAGCUUGAUCAAUUCAUGACGCAUUAUGUUAUACUGCUCUGUGCUUUCAAAGAACAACUGCAACAACAUGUCCGUGUUCAUGCCAUGGAAGCUGUUAUCGCUUGUUGGGAGCUUGAGCAAUCUCUACAAACCUUGACUGGUGUAUCUCCCGGAGAAGGAACGGGUGCAACGAUGUCAGACGAUGAAGAAGACCAGGCUGAGAGUAAUGCCAACUUAUACGAAGGAAGCAUGGAUGGUGCUGAUAGUCUCAGCUUUGGACCUCUUGUUCCCACCGAAACUGAAAGAUCUUUGAUGGAACGUGUUAGGCAGGAGUUGAAGCAUGAGCUGAAACAGGGUUACAAGGAGAAGAUUGUCGACAUAAGAGAAGAAAUUCUACGAAAGAGAAGAGCGGGGAAGCUCCCAGGUGACACCACUUCGCUUUUAAAAGCAUGGUGGCAGUCACAUUCGAAAUGGCCAUAUCCAACAGAAGAAGACAAGGCAAGGUUGGUGCAGGAAACAGGCUUGCAACUAAAGCAGAUAAACAACUGGUUCAUAAAUCAAAGGAAAAGGAAUUGGCAUACUAAUCCUUCGUCUUCUAGUGGCUCCAAAAGCAAACGCAAGAGUGGUGCAGGUGAAACAAGUAACCAGAGCUUCAUGUGAAUGGACGUUUGGCUAUUCUUCAUUAUAUGCAACAACAGACGGGAGCUUACAGGGAAAAAGAUGAAACGGAAAUGAUGGAAUAUGGAUGAUGCUAAAGCAUAGUUUGUGAUACCAACAUAUAUUUGGGAAUUACUUGGUUGGUUCGAUUGCACAAAAACCUAGUAUUGUUGUAUAUGAGGCUGCUGAGUUGAUACCUGAUAUUGUUGCUGCCAUUAUCUAUUCGGUUCCAAUGGGUAUCUUUGAAUGCAUGCUGAUACGUAUUUGUAAUGUAUUUACCUCACUUCAGAGUUCUUUUUUUCUAUUAUUUCCUUUUUUGCCUUUUAAUAAAAAGCUAAGAAUUCUUGAA